AUGCGUGCUCAUAACCUCCGGGCCAUCUCUUCAGCUCCCUUGGUGAAACUUCUGAAGUGUUUCCUGCGUUGGUUCCGAUGCGUUGUCUGUGGGACGCAGAGGAAGCCCCGAGUGCGGGAAGCCUUGGCUGGCCUUGUUCUGGGCUCCGAACAUGAGACUCGUCUGGUGGCAAAGCUGUUUGAAGACUAUAGCAAUGUGGUACGGCCAGUGGCAGACCACCGUGAGAUUGUACAGGUCACUGUGGGUCUACAGCUCAUCCAGCUCAUCAAUGUGGAUGAAGUAAAUCAGAUUGUGACAACCAACGUUCGCCUGAAACAGCAAUGGGUAGAUUACAACUUGAAAUGGAACCCAGAUGACUAUGGAGGAGUGAAAAAAAUCCACAUCCCCUCGGAAAAGAUCUGGCGGCCAGACUUUGUGCUCUAUAACAAUGCAGACGGUGACUUCGCCAUUGUCAAAUUCACCAAGGUGCUCCUGGACUACACUGGCCACAUCACCUGGACGCCUCCAGCCAUCUUUAAAAGCUACUGUGAGAUCAUUGUCACCCACUUUCCUUUCGAUGAGCAGAACUGCAGCAUGAAGCUGGGCACCUGGACCUAUGAUGGCUCUGUGGUGGCCAUCAACCCGGAAAGUGACCAGCCCGACCUGAGUAACUUCAUGGAAAGCGGGGAGUGGGUGAUCAAGGAAGCUCGGGGCUGGAAGCACUGGGUGUUCUACUCCUGCUGCCCCAACACUCCCUACCUGGACAUCACCUACCACUUCGUGAUGCAGCGCCUGCCCCUCUACUUCAUCGUCAACGUCAUCAUCCCCUGCCUGCUCUUCUCUUUCCUAACCAGCCUGGUGUUCUACCUGCCCACAGACUCAGGGGAGAAGAUGACGCUGAGCAUCUCUGUCUUACUGUCCCUGACCGUGUUCCUCCUGGUCAUUGUGGAGUUGAUCCCGUCCACCUCCAGCGCCGUGCCCCUGAUCGGGAAGUACAUGCUGUUCACCAUGGUGUUCGUCAUCGCGUCCAUAAUCAUCACUGUCAUUGUCAUCAACACACACCACCGCUCGCCCAGCACCCACAUCAUGCCCGACUGGGUGCGGAGGGUCUUUAUUGACACUAUUCCAAACGUCAUGUUUUUCUCCACAAUGAAAAGACCAUCCAGAGAUAAACAAGAGAAAAGAAUCUUUACAGAAGACAUAGAUAUCUCCGACAUCUCUGGGAAGUCGGGGCCUCCACCUAUGGGUUUUCACUCUCCACUCAUAAAGCACCCCGAGGUCAAAAGUGCCAUCGAGGGUGUCAAGUACAUCGCAGAGGCCAUGAAGUCGGACCAGGAGUCCAAUGACGCGGCUGAGGAAUGGAAGUACGUUGCCAUGGUGAUGGACCAUGUUCUCCUUGGAGUCUUCAUGCUGGUUUGUCUCAUCGGGACCCUGGCUGUGUUUGCAGGCCGGCUCAUUGAGUUACAUCAGCAGGGAUGAGUGGAGGCUGAGCUGAGCCUGCCUCUGCCCCAGCCCCAGCCAGUGUGGGGAAA